UGAUAUACACGAGGUGUAGUAGAGCGUGGUUGUGAGGAAGACCUGUGAAGGAGAAAUGGAGAAUGUCUAUAACGGAAGACCACCUUGGGCUGCUGAUUUAUGCGUGUGUGUGUGUGAGAGAGAGAGGAGCUCAAUAAAAAACAGCUGCUCAACCGUUAGAAAAGAAUAUAUAAAUACGCCAUAAAUCUGCUGCACAUACACUUCUGCAAAAAAAUUAAAAGAAUUAUUAAAGGAUUAUAACCCUCUGUUAUCCCUCUCUCCGCGACCAGUUUUUUACCCGUGCCCUAGAUCCACCCCUUUCGAUCCACAAAUUGCUCGAACUAUCUACUUCAGCUCGUGCGCCAUUCUUGAUUUCAGGUAAAAUUCGCCCAACCCAUUUCAGUUUUCUUCGGAAAUCUCGAAUUUGUUUGAGUAAAAAUGCGUUCUUGAGAUUUACUGGACGGAAAGUUCGUUUCUUGGGGAUUUCUGUGUGUUUUGUUGAGGAAUUGCGGUGGAGGGCUUAUCGGUUGAGUUAAAUCUCGGGUUGAAAUUAGUUUCUUGGGGGAAUGCCUGAUUGUUUUGGAGCAAUGGAAGAGGAGGAGUUCUUGAUGAAGUGAAAAGGGAAACAAACAAAUAAUAUAAUCUGGUUUUUUGGGGUGAAUUGCGGUGUUUGUGGCAUAUAAUGGGCUGUGUUUGUGGUAAGCCCUAUGCCCUUGAUGAUAAUAAGGAUAGCCCUGAGGAGAGGUUGUCGAGUAAAGCAACGUCAGAGUUGCGGGCCUCAAGGUCCGUGUCGUCAAGGAGAGAGGAGAGUUACUCGGUGAAGGAUCGGUUGGAUAAUGGUGGCAAUGAGGAGAGGGUCACAUUGAUAGAUAAACAAAUCAAUGGUUCAGCUAGAUUGCAAGGGGAGAGUUUUGAGAGAAAGAGGGAGAAGGCGGAGUAUACUUCGGCCGGCCUCCAUCCGAGGGCGGGCUUGGUGCCUAGAGCAACUGAAGGGGAACAGGUCGCGGCUGGAUGGCCGCCUUGGUUGGCAGCGGUGGCUGGUGAGGCUAUUAAAGGAUGGGUGCCGAGGAGGGCAGAUUCCUUUGAAAAGCUGGAUAAGAUUGGUCAAGGUACUUACAGUAAUGUUUACCGAGCCCGUGAUCUUGAUGAAGGGAAAAUUGUUGCUUUGAAGAAAGUAAGGUUUGAUAACCUGGAGCCUGAAAGUGUUCGUUUUAUGGCAAGGGAAAUUCAUAUCUUGCGUAGGCUCAACCACCCAAAUGUAAUCAAAUUGGAAGGUCUAGUAACAUCACGGAUGUCUUGCAGCUUGUACCUUGUUUUUGAGUAUAUGGAGCAUGAUUUGGCUGGACUUGCAUCUCACCCUGGCCUUAAGUUUACUGAACCUCAGGUUAAGUGCUACAUGAAACAACUUCUGCGGGGACUCGAUCACUGUCAUAGUUGUGGCGUGCUUCAUCGAGACAUAAAAGGUUCCAACCUUUUAAUUGACAAUAGCGGCAUUCUCAAGAUUGCCGACUUUGGCCUGGCUAGUUUUUAUGAUCCUCAUCAUAGUCAACCUCUCACCAGCCGUGUUGUGACUCUGUGGUACCGGCCACCCGAACUUCUGCUUGGUGCAACGUAUUACGGUACUGCUGUCGAUUUAUGGAGCACAGGUUGCAUACUUGCGGAGUUAUAUGCCGGAAAGCCUAUAAUGCCCGGAAGAACAGAGGUUGAGCAGUUGCAUAAAAUUUUCAAACUUUGUGGAUCACCUUCAGAGGAGUAUUGGAGGAAAUCAAAGUUGCCUCAUGCAACGAUUUUCAAGCCCCAGCAGCCUUACAAGCGACGGGUUGUUGAAACAUUUAAAGAUUUUCCCGCGCCAGCAUUAGCACUUAUAGAGAUUUUGCUAUCCAUAGAUCCUGCAGAUCGUGGAUCUGCAUCAUCUGCUUUGAAGAGUGAGUUCUUCACAACGAGGCCGCAUCCUUGUGAACCUUCGAGUUUGCCAAAGUAUCCUCCCAGCAAAGAGUUUGACGCUAAAGUACGGGAGGAAGAAGCAAGGAGAGUGGCAGCUGGAAGCAAAGGUCAACGGUAUGACUUUGAAAGGAGAGGAUCGAGAGAAUCUCGUGCAGUUCCAGCUCCUGAUGCCAAUGCUGAAUUGAUCUCCUCUAUGCAGAAACGACACGGUCAGCCCAACUCCAAGAGCAGGAGUGAGAUGUUCAGUUCUCAUCCUGAAGAAGUGGCUUCUGGUUUUCCAAUCGAUCCACCUAGACCAUCGCAAUCCGUGGAGGAAGCAAAUAAUGAUCCCCAGGGAAAUGUCCACAAGAGGGCAUCCCAUUCCGGGCCUUUGGUAAACCGGGCUGCCUGGACGAAGGCUGGAAAGAACAUCGAAGAUGCUCCGAGGAAUCUUGGCGUGGCCGACUUAUCAGCCAUGUCGGGUUUGGUAGCUGCUAGGAGGAGCAUGUUGUCUGAAGAGCACAGAGAGAGAUCUUAUUCUCACCACGAAGUACCAAAGCUCAUCGCCAGGUUUCCAGGUUCAUUCAAAGAGGCCUCACAUUCGAUGACGAGGCAAGACCUAAAGAACAAUGGUCAACAUGAAGAUGAUAAAGCAAGCAACAAUUCUGUUCCUCUGGGUAAAGGGCCAAGGGGGAACAAGAUCCACUACUCGGGGCCGUUGCUCGUCCCCUCGGGCAAAGUGGACCAGGUGUUGAAGGAUCACGACCGCCAAAUCCAAGAGGCGGUGAGACGGGCACGCCUCGACAAGGAGAGGAUGCGGAAACUGCAGGUCGAAGGGAACCAGCUAUCGAUGAACACGCUAUUCGUUUCGGGCCGAUGAUUCUUUGAUGAUUAGUGUCUUGUUUUUUGUGUUGUAUGUGGGAGGAGAAUUGUUGUAUAGGGACUCUAGAAUUAGGUUGCGGGGGCCAACGCAGUAGAGUUUAACAGGAAUUCUCACUCGUAUCAAUCUGUAUUUUUAUCAGAAAAUGCAAUUCCUCAUAAUAUGGGGGCAUGUAGACUUCAUCAUCAAUUUGAAUACAUAUAAUAUAUAUAUUCUGUUUCUGUGUAAA